UAGGAGAGGCAGUGGGGGAAAGGUUCAAGUGCGGGUUUUCUCCUUGAACCUAGAAGAUUAUGGGUCAAGAGCUGUGUGCAAAGACUGUACAGCCUGGAUGCAGCUGCUAUCGUUGUUCAGAGGGAGGCGAGGCACACAGCUGUCGGAGGAGUCAGCCUGAGACCACGGAGGCUGCGUUCAAGCUAACAGACCUAAAAGAAGCAUCAUGUUCCAUGACUUCAUUUCACCCCAGGGGACUUCAAGCUGUCCGUGCCCAGAAGUUCAAGAGUAAAAGGCCACGGAGUAACAGUGAUUCUUUUCAGGAAGAGGAUCUGAGGCAGGGUUUUCAGUGGAGGAAGAGCCUCCCUUUUGGGGCAGCCUCAUCUUACUUGAACUUGGAGAAGCUCGGUGAAGGCUCUUAUGCUACAGUUUACAAGGGGAUUAGCAGAAUAAAUGGACAACUAGUGGCUUUAAAAGUCAUCAGCAUGAAUGCAGAGGAAGGAGUCCCAUUUACAGCUAUCCGAGAAGCUUCUCUCCUGAAGGGUUUGAAACAUGCCAAUAUUGUGCUCCUGCAUGACAUAAUCCACACCAAAGAGACGCUGACAUUCGUUUUUGAAUACAUGCACACAGACCUGGCCCAGUAUAUGUCUCAGCAUCCAGGAGGGCUUCAUCCUCACAAUGUCAGACUUUUCAUGUUUCAACUUUUGCGGGGCCUGGCGUACAUCCACCACCAACACGUUCUUCACAGGGACCUGAAACCUCAGAACUUACUCAUCAGUCACCUGGGAGAGCUCAAACUGGCUGAUUUUGGUCUUGCCCGGGCCAAGUCCAUUCCCAGCCAGACAUACUCUUCAGAAGUCGUGACCCUCUGGUACCGGCCCCCCGAUGCUUUGCUGGGAGCCACUGAAUAUUCCUCUGAGCUGGACAUAUGGGGUGCAGGCUGCAUCUUUAUUGAAAUGUUCCAGGGUCAACCUUUGUUUCCUGGGGUUUCCAACAUCCUUGAACAGCUGGAGAAAAUCUGGGAGGUGCUGGGAGUCCCUACAGAGGAUACUUGGCCGGGAGUCUCCAAGCUACCUAACUACAAUCCAGAAUGGUUCCCACUGCCUACGCCUCGAAGCCUUCACAUUGUCUGGAACAGGCUGGGCAGGGUUCCUGAAGCUGAAGACCUGGCCUCCCAGAUGCUAAAAGGCUUUCCCAGAGACCGCGUCUCCGCCCAGGAAGCACUUGUUCAUGAUUAUUUCAGUGCCCUGCCAUCUCAGCUGUACCAGCUUCCUGAUGAGGAGUCCUUGUUUACAGUUUCAGGAGUGAGGCUAAAGCCAGAAAUGUGUGACCUUUAGGCCUCCUACCAGAAAGGUCACCACCCAGCCCAGUUUAGCAAAUGCUGGUGAAAAGAAAGGGCGAGAUCACCAAGGUUCUUCCAGGUAAGUGGUAGCAACAGUGAGGUUCCUUAUGGAACAAAUUGAAAAGCAAUUGGUGCCGGGUGGAGAGGACAUUGCUCAGGGAUUCAGAGCACCUCUGUGCUGUUUCUAGUUCUUCCUCCCCAGCUCUAGGACAGGUGGCCUUGCCUCUUCAGGCCUCCAUUGCCUGGGCUGGGCAAAGAAAAUAAUUACAUGCAUUGCCUUUCUCUUCCACUCCCGGAGCAGGGAUAAAGCUCCUAAGACAGAACUUCCAUGCUUCCUCAUCGGUGUGAGAUCUUCAGCUGACACAGGUGGGACGAAGGGAGGCAGAGGUUGCAGUGCGCCAAGAUCGCACCACUGCACUCCUGGUGCGUCAGCCUCCCAAGUGCUGGGAUUACAGGCGUGAGGCACAGUGCCCAGCUGGAAAUCUGUUUGUAUAGACUCUAAGGUGCAACUUUUGCAAAUUGAAAACAACUGUUUUCCGUUAACUAGGGAAUUCUCACUGUCAACUGAGGGCAAAAUUUUGUCCUGGUAAGGGUAACAAACAAAGUUUUCCCCAAAACCAAGGGGUUUCCUGGAUGUAGGAUGCUCAGUACUAGAAUUGGUGCAGUCCUGGGUAAACCAGGAUGGUUGGUCACUUUUGUGGCACAAAUUACCUUCCAGGGUAAUCUUGAGGAGGAAGGGGUGCUGUGAAGGAUUUUCCCAAACCCACCAUACCCUUAAAUGAGUACUGCUAGCAGGCACAGGAAGCCAGGUGGGACAACUCCAAAAGUCACCGUAGUAUAGACAACCCUAUAGAUGUCUCAAGAGCACUUCCCAUACUGGGGCUUCCAUGGUGGUAGAUGUGACAGCAAACAAGAUAGAGGAAUCAAGGUAGAGCCCACAUGCAGAGCCUGCCAGCCAGCCUGCCCACCCUUUAGGUGACCCUGGCUAUAUUCCAAACCACAAGCAUUAUCCUAUGAUUUGGCCACCCAUUUGACAACCACAGCUUGGCCAUGCUUCCCAGGGGCCUAGAUGGUAACCACCGGCAUCUCCCUACACACCCCCCAACAAUAUCACUCACAUGGCUGGAUUCACUCUUCAUUCUUUCUUUUGAUCUCUAUCUUUGGCUGUCACGAUUUAAAGGCAUAUACACAUUAAAGAUAUCAGCUUCCUGGCUCUUCUAAGAUCAUUGUCUUGUCUUCAAAGAGCAGGAAAGUUUAAAAUUAUAGCUGAUCCUCAGAGCAUUUUAUGAAAUAUCUAAGUUUGUAUUUUGACAAUAUACAUUUAGAAUUACAAUUGGUGAUAUAAUAUGGUAUUUCCCAAGCAAAAUAUUCCCUAGAGCAGAGCUUUUACUGUAUAAUUAUUUUAAACCUGCUAGUUAUAAGGACAGAAUGAACUUUAGCUGCAUUCUGUGAAGUGGAGGGCUUACCCUUCAUAAAAUUAUCAAAGAUACUAAUGGAAAUGGGCUCAGAUGGUGGUGCUCCAUUAACAUUAUUAUUAUUUCUAUUGUUGUUAUUUUAUUUUCUUAAGCAGCUGGAAGGUAGGGAGAUAACCUUGCCUUUCUGAUCUACAGUGACCUUCCACAAAGAAUUGUUACCUGUAGACAUAAAUUGGUCACAAUAGAAAAUCAAUUAAAUGCAGCAUGUCAAGCUUGUGGCCUGCGCCAGCAAUUGAAGAAGGGAGAAGGCAGAUUUUGCCUCUGCUGGAGUAAGCUCAUGAUGUCCCUAGGCCUUGGUACGAAUGUAAGGAGAUAAAACUGGGAUGAGCCACAAGAGGGAAAAGCUAGAGCAAUUAAACUGUUUAAUAAAUGGCUUGGGAUCAGCAAAAUCUAGAGUGCUAGAGUUAAAGAGACUAAAAGCAGUAAUCACAUGGACACUUGGGGCCUGUAAAUCUUUUCCAGUGAAUUGAAUUUAUGUUAAAAUAUUCACUUUUCAGGAGAGUCAAAAAUGUAAAUUGGCGUAUUAGGACUUCGUAACUGGCAGCAAUGCCUCAAAAUUAAAAUUCUUGAAAGAGCUUCAAAAUGUCGGUUUCAGGCAGGGAAAAAAUGUUUACUGAUGUCUACAACAGAGAAAUAGAGGGCAACUAAAAUUUACUGGAUAGAUACCACACACCAGGCACUACAGUAAGGGCUUUACACAUAUUCUUUCAAAGCUUGGCAUGUUUUGAGCAGUUGGUGGUGGUGAGUUACAAUGAUCGCUUAUAGAAGCCAUCUGGAGAUAGAUUUUGAU